CUGAUUUCUACUUGGAAAGUGCUAGUUUCGGAUCUCGCCCUCCAUUUUUUCCUCAUCAGAAUACGCAAUCAGACUACUUUACCGCUUAUAGGUAAGCCUAUAUUCAUAUUGACACAUUUUCGAAAACCUGUUAAUGUUAUCCUUUCUAGGCCAGCUCCUCUUCAUUUUCAAUUUCCGCAAAAAUCCACAGCUACUGUUAUUCGUUGCGAAUGGAUUAAUGAGACGGGUAAAGAAUGUGGGAUGAUGUUUGCAACCUCAUCGCAGGUGGCAGCUCACGUCUCACAGCAUCAUAUUGGCCUCAUUGAAUCGGCCACACAUAUCUGUUUGUGGAGAAAUUGCGAUCGAGUCGGAAAACCUUUCAAAGCUAAAUAUAAGUUGGUCAACCAUAUUCGGGUUCACACUGGUGAGAAACCGUUUCGUUGCGAGCAAUGUAAUCGGGAGUUUGCUCGAAGUGAAAAUUUGAAAAUUCAUGUGCGGACGCACACAAAAGAGAAGCCAUUCCCUUGUCCUCAUGCCGGUUGUGAUAAGACGUUUGCAAAUUCGUCUGAUCGAAAGAAACACAUGCAUGUUCAUACCUCGGAAAAACCUUACGAAUGCAAGAUGAAAGGUUGCAAAAAAGUCUACAGCCAUCCAAGUUCAUUAAGGAAGCACAUGAAGGCUCAUGAGAAGAACUGUCUUACACCGGAAUUAGAUGAAAGUAGCGAUUCAGGGCAUGCAAGUACAGGGACGCCAGGAGAUCCCUUUUCAAAUCUCAAGCCCGACAUUAAUGAGAUGCAGCUACAGUUUCCCUCCAGCGCAGCGCUGAUUCGUCCUCCGUCCUACGGUCCUCCUCCUCCCUAUCCUCCACCUCAUCACCCUGCGGCCAUGUUUCCAGCCGAAAUUUAUCACCAAUUUCACUGAAA